AUGGAGCUUUUGCUCCUUCAUUACCCAUUUACUUUUCUGUUCAUUGUGUUUCUAGUCCUUUACCAGGUGAAUCCUGCAUUCAGACACUUCUGCAAGAUGACCUUCUAUAAGUUGUGGCUCUUCACCCUAAGCAUUCUGGUUAUUAUGAUCAGUGUUUCUCGUGGAUGUAACAUGGAAAACAUGGAGUUUUUGUGCAUGUCAUUCCUGCCCCUCAACUACAUCUUUGGCCUCAAGAUGGGGCAAGGGGUGAAGGGCAAGGAGAACCUCAGGACUAAGAAACCUUUCAUCCUCAUGUUGAAUGACCAGACCUCCCUUGACAUUAUGGUGAUGCCGGAGGUAUUACCAAAUCGCUGUGUGCCCAUUGCAAAGAAGGAAAUCCUCUACAUGGGCACUUUUGGCCUAGUGUGCUGGCUUUCAGGACUCAUUUUCAUUGACCACAAGAAGAGGGAAGAGUCUACCACUACCUUGAUAGAGGUGGCACACUCCCUCCACAAAGAAAAUUUCUGCGUCUUGAUCUUCCCUGAAGGAACUUGUAGUCAUGGUAGCUCCAUGUUGCCCUUCAAACGUGGGGCCUUCCAGCUGGCUGUGAAAGCCCAGGUCCCCAUUAUUCCUGUAGUGAUCUCUUCCUACUGUGACUUCCACAACCAGAAGGAGAAGAGAUUUAGACCAGGGAAUGGGAGAUUCCAGGCAUCACUUUUGUCUCUCCCCUUGGAUUUCUCACAGCUUGUCCAAUACCUGUACAAGGGAACAUGGAAAAGCAGCAGACACCUGGAAGAGAGACAUAAUCCACAUCCUGCCAGAAGUGGAAACCCUUGGCUUGGCCCCAGACGAUGUUCCCAAACUCACUGAGCGGGUCUGUGACUCCAUGCUCACCGCCUAUCAGGGGAUAUCAGGAAUGACAAAUGGGACUUCCCAUUAGCGAUCCUAUCUUCCAGCUCCAGCUGUGUGUAUAGCAGUGGGGCAGGGAGCAUGGCAACCACAAGAAGGUCUUGCAGCAGAGACAACCAUGGAUUGCAACCCUGAUAUAGCAGAGACAGGCAAAAUGUCCACAGAGGAAGAAAAGCUUGUAAGUGGAGCUGGUGAAAGGCUUGCCAUGUUCCUUCCAGAGAACUGUGCCACCUGCGUGGACAGACACAUGGUGGGUAGCUGGACAUUUCUUUGUAAUUGUAACCCUGAGAACUUCUCUCCAGCUGGACCCCAGGCAGAGCUGGACCCUUCCUGUGAUCAUUGCUGCAUGCUUAUAAUCACAUUUUCCUAUUCAAAACCAACAAGGUGGAGGCAUUUAUCCCAAGCCUGUGACCAUCCUGCCUGGGGAAGUGGCUGUCUUGGGGUUUGA